CUUGCAACGCAAUGGUACGUAAGGCCGAUUGAUGAGUUGGUUUAGCUAGAAAUUGAAACAAGUGAAAUGCGGAAAUGCGCUGCAUCGAAUCAAAAUCGAAUGGCAAUUGACGAGCGAUGAAGAAGGGAAACAAGCCGCACGAGCACGUCCUAAGAUCGGCAGAGCUGGAAAACGGAAACGAUGGAACGCAAUUUUCGCGGCGACAGCACCGAACCGCAGCGGCAGCGCCAUCUACUGAAAACAAAUAUGAUUUUGAAACUGUUAUGACUGACCGAACUCGAGCGAUGGGAUUAGAAGCAGAGAUGGCUGCUCCGUUGCAUUUACAGCGACUGGAGCGCAGUUUAAAUAUACAGCCUUUUUUAAGUCAAGUUAACGACCUUUUUCAAGAGCAAAUCAGCGACGAAGAUGAGUCCUCCGAAGACGAGUCUGCAGAGUCGGAAACGGAUAUCAAUGAGUUAAUAUCGCAGAAAGAUGAAAAAAGAAACAAUAAGCUACGUUUGUAUAAUAUGAGUAACGUUGGAGAAGAAAGACACUGGUUACAAGAUAUUUUGUUAAGCGAUGGAACCGAUACUUCUUCGGGCUCGGACACGGAUGGAUCUAUAACAGAAGAGGAUUUUCAAAAUAUGUUAAAAUUUCAUAUGUUGAGGAAGAAAUAUCAGGCCCGUUUCUAUCAGAAGCCAGAGAACAUACAGUAUCAGUAUUAUGGAGCAGGAUUAUUGUCAAAUUAUGACAGAUUUUUAGAACAUCAGAAACUUAUCGUAGGAAAUAAAAAGAAAAAAGAGAAGAAACCAGAAAAGAAAGUAGUAAAAAUGAAAAAAGAAAGAGUUACACACCAUAAGGUUUCCCACGAUGGCAAGCAAAAAUAUCCUGACGAGAAUUGGGAUAAAGGGAAGACACAAGAUCAUUUAGAUGACUCAGAAUUAGAAUUAGUUUUAAAACAUCAACCGCGAGGCCGUGGAAGGAAAAAGCAUAAUAAUAAAAGUCCAGAGGUGAUGGCCAUUCGGAGACGUAAAAUUUGGGUAAUGAUGUCGAAGAAAGAGCUUGGUAAGGUUCAGAGGGCCAAAACUAAUAAUCAUAAGGAAAUGCUUAUCAGUUGCAAAAAGGUGGCCCAACACUGUAUGAAAUAUUGGAGGCAAAAAGCUAUGCAAUCUCAGAAAAAUAUGAAAGAAACGAUAUGGAGAGCAAAGAGAUUGACUAGGGAAAUGCAAUCUUAUUGGAAACGAUAUGAUCGCGUGGAGAGAGAAACCAGAAGAAGAUUGGAAAAAGAAGCAGAAGAGCAACGUAAAAUGGACGUUGAAUUGAUUGAAGCAAAACGCCAGCAGAGAAAGUUAAAUUUUUUAAUUACGCAGACCGAGCUCUAUGCUCAUUUCAUGUCAAGAAAAUUAGGCAAGGCUUCUCCCGAAGAGCAGUUACGGAUUUUAAAUCAACUGGAUGAAGAAAAAAAUCCAAGACUUGCCAGCAUCGAUGAUUACGAUAGCGAAGCCAUGAAGCAAAAGGCGAAAAAAAAUGCAAUAGAUGCAUUUGAUAACGAAAAGGCGAGAACUCGUCAAUUCGAUCCAGCAACUAAUCAGGAAUUACGCUUAAGUGAUACUCCAGAAACGUUAGAACACCCUCAACCGUCAAUUUUCAAAGGAAAUUUAAAAGGUUAUCAAUUAAAAGGCAUGAAUUGGCUAGCAAAUCUCUACGAUCAGGGCAUUAGUGGUAUUUUAGCUGAUGAAAUGGGCUUAGGCAAAACCGUUCAGUCCAUAGCUUUUUUAUGUCACAUUGCUGAGAAAUACUCUGUGUGGGGACCAUUUUUAAUCAUCUCGCCCGCUUCUACGUUGCACAAUUGGCAACAAGAGAUGGCACGAUUCGUGCCGGUGUUUAAAGUCGUACCCUAUUGGGGUAAUCCUCAAGAGCGGAAAAUUUUACGCCAGUUUUGGGACACCAAGGAUCUACAUACAAAGGAGGCAUCGUUUCACGUCGUAAUCACGAGUUAUCAAUUAGUUAUAACAGAUUAUAAAUACUUUAACAGAAUUAAGUGGCAGUAUAUGAUUCUUGAUGAAGCACAGGCGAUUAAAAGUACUAGCAGUAUGAGAUGGAAACUUUUAUUGGGAUUUAGUUGUCGCAAUCGUCUACUGCUCAGUGGCACGCCAAUUCAAAAUAGCAUGGCCGAGUUAUGGGCCCUUCUUCACUUUAUUAUGCCUACCUUAUUCGAUUCCCACGAUGAAUUUAACGAAUGGUUUUCCAAAGAUAUCGAAAGUCAUGCUGAAAAUAAAACUGGAAUCGAUGAAAAACACUUGUCAAGGCUUCAUAUGAUCUUAAAACCAUUUAUGUUGCGAAGAAUAAAAAAGGACGUAGAAAAUGAAUUAUCCGAUAAAAUUGAAGUAAUGGUUUAUUGUCCGCUUACAACAAGACAAAAAUUACUUUACACGGCAUUGAAAAAGAAAAUUAGAAUAGAGGAUUUACUUCAUUAUUCGGUUGGUGAUAGCGCAACCAAUGAUAAAAAUUUUACUUCGAAUUUAAUGAAUCUAGUCAUGCAAUUUCGUAAAGUUUGCAAUCAUCCAGAACUUUUUGAACGCCGAGAUGCAAAGUCACCAUACUUCAUGCGCACGGAACUUUUAGAAUUACCAUCAUUAUUAUAUAAAGAGGACAUUAUGAACUCGACUGUAUCGUCCAAAGAGCAUCUGUUGUAUAAUAAAUUUUUUAUAUUUGCUACCGAAUACAUUUAUCGAGCAUUAUGUGGUGAUAACGACGGCUCAAACACAUGCUGCUUCUCGUUCGCUCGAUUUAUCAAUUUAUCGCCAAUGGAAUUAAAUAGUAUUUUCAUUACUGGAAUAUUAUUCAGGUUAGGCCAUUUAGCGCAGCAUAUAAAAGUUAUGAAUGUUAAGCGACAUUUGGAAGAUUGGUUGGAACAGGGCUCCAUAUCUUCUAAUAUUAUGUGGCUUCUGACAGAAAAAUUCAAUACAUCUUCUCAAAUGGCUAACGACUUAAUAUUUACGAGAAGCAUUUUGUACGGAGAUGCCGUGUAUACGCACGCAACUCAUUCGAUUAAUUCGAUGCCGGAAACUGUCGCUCAUCGUAUACUUCGUAGCAGUAAGAAAGCCAAUCAAUCGAUAAAGCUUCAAAGAUCUAUUUGUUCCGUAAAGAUAGAGCAAGGCGAAGAAUUGAAAGUUCCGCUAUUGCCCGAGCAUCCGCAUACGCCAAGGACACCAAUCCUAAGGCAUUGCCAGCAAAUAUCAUUACCGGCAUUUCUCUGCGAUAAGAUACCGAAGGUCCUAGCUACCUCGAGGAAGGUUUACAUUAGCCAUUGUGCCGCGUCGCGUGCUUGGCAGAUGCACGAGGAGUGUGGUGGCUUAAGCGGCAAAAGAAUAUUAUGGCUCGGUUGUGAUUUAGCUCAGAGCUUACCGCAAAAUCGUAUUCAUGUACGUGCAACACUACCAACGCAAUUUUCAUAUCAACAUGUCGGAGGUUUGGCCGCUUGUCGCCCAAUGAAUGGAUGGUCGAAUAUUAUAGUACCAGAUAAGCAAACUUUAGUGACUGAUGCGGGAAAGUUAUCCGUACUUGACAAUCUCCUGAAACGGCUCAAAGAACAAGGUCAUCGCGUUUUAAUAUAUUCACAAAUGACUAAAAUGAUAGAUUUAUUAGAGGAGUAUAUGUAUCACCGAAAACAUACGUUUAUGAGAUUAGAUGGUUCCUCAAAAAUUUCCGAUCGUCGUGAUAUGGUUGCCGAUUUUCAAAAAAGGACGGAUAUAUUUGUCUUUCUACUGAGCACCAGAGCUGGAGGCUUGGGAAUCAACUUGACGGCUGCGGACACGGUGAUAUUCUACGACAGCGACUGGAACCCAACCGUGGACCAGCAGGCAAUGGACCGGGCACACAGAUUGGGCCAGACGAAGCAGGUGACGGUAUAUCGGCUCAUCUGCAAGGGCACCAUCGAAGAGCGAAUUCUGCAACGCGCCCGCGAGAAAAGCGAGAUUCAACGUAUGGUCAUUAGUGGCGGUAACUUUAAGCCGGAUACGUUAAAGCCGAAGGAGGUGGUCUCAUUGCUGCUCGACGACGAGGAAAUCGAGGCGAAAUACAGCCAACGAAGCGAAGAGAGAAAGCAGCACGCCGAGGAGGCCAGAGUCGAGGCGAGCCUACACCACAAGGAGAGGGACCGGAAGAGGAAGCAAACCGCGUUUCCGGUCAAGAAUGACAGCAAGAGACUCUGCGUAGACGAAGGUGACGGCAGGGGCGCCAAUUCGCACGAGUCCACAAUGCAGCACUCGGCCUCCAGCUUUCAGCAACACGCCGGCAAUCAUCAGAAGCAGGGCCAGGAUGAAUUCGGGACUUCCGGUUUGCAGAGCCCCGUUAAGUCCGAGGACGAGACGAGCAACGAGGGCCUCGUCGUGGACGUGGACGGGCCCGUGAUCGGCAGCAGCUACGCCUCGGGGAUAUCCCUAGGGUUGCAGUACGGUCGCGGGGGUGCCGACCCCUCGGACGGCCGUCAUCAGCGACCGUUCGGCCAUUACCUCGGCGGCGGCGGCGGCGGCGGCGGCGUUGGUGGUGGUGGCGGUGGCGGCGGCGGUGGCGGCGGCGGUAGCAGCGGCAGCGGUGGCGGCGGCGGUGGCGACGCGAGGAUACGCCAAACGAUCCGCGGUGUCAGCAAGCGAGGUAGACCCCGGGGCUCACGCAGGGGCGGGCCCAUUGGCGGCAAGGCCCGGGGCAUGCUAAUGCUCCAUCCGGCUCCUCACUCCAAGGGCCUCGCCACCACGUCCGGGGGUACGAGUAUCGGCGCGCCCGGGGCCUUGGCCACCGCAUCGAGUCCUGGCCCACACCAACACGGGGGCACGGAGACGGUGAGCGGUCAGGGUCAAAAGCAACCACCGCAUCAUCAUCACCACCACCACCACCACCACAAGCGUGAACAACAACAACAGACGCAGCAGCAACAUAAUCACCAUCAACAUCACCAUCAUCAUCAUCAUCAUCACCAUUAUCAGACGACGUCAGGCGGCUCGGGCAAAUCGAUGUCGGGCAUUAGGCGUGGCCCAGGUAGGCCGCGAUUACGACCCAACGGGCCCGGUAAUCAGGGUUACCGGGCACCCAGCCAUCAUCACUCGCAUGACUCCCAGCAGCAGCAGCAGCAGCAGCAGCAACAGCAACAGCAACAGCAACAGCAACAGCAACAGCAGAAACGGAGCUCGAGCUCGUUGCCGCUAUCCUUGCCCGUGCCCAUCAGACUCCACCCAAAGCCAACGGCUCAGGGAGCCACGACAUCGGGGACCGGCGCUGCUGCCUCCGCCUCCACCACCCUCGUCGCUACCGAGUCCAAGCCUAGCGAGUCCCGACCUUUUGGCUUCUACACCCAACAGAUGCAGCCCGGCGGUACCUAAUCCGUGGUCUUCAUCCCAGGCUCAGGGGGAUUCAGGCACGUGGUGAUCGACUACUCGGACGAUAAAUCCAAGCUGUCGGUUACGAGGACCGU